CGUGUGUGUUUAAAGCAUGUGCCCGGGAGAGAGAGAGAGAGAGAGAGAGAGAGAGACAUAGGGCGCGAGGCGCAGAGGGAGGGAGAUUAUGGAAUGCUGUGACGUCACCAGCCCAGUCUCGCACACACACAAAGACGAGGAGGACCCGCCGCCGCUCCGACUCCCUCGGCUCAGUUAGCUCACUCUGCCGUGGAGCCGCUGUCUGCAUCCUACUAACGUCCCAAAGAUGACCCCCAAAGACGAAGAACACUGACCUCUCAGAGAGCACAGCACUGGAUACUGUGAGAGUGUGUGUGUGUGUGUGUGUGAGGAUGAGCAUGCGUGAUUGAUGAAGAAGAGUUUACGGUGGGGGGGGGGGGUAAACGCCAGCGAUCUCAGGCCAAAACAGCUGUGACAGUCUCCUCCCGGGCUGACAUGAGACUAUAAAACCAACGGCGUCCACCUCAAGAAGCCGCCGGGCCCGAGGGGGGGGCAGCCCCUCUCACCACCGACCACUUUGGGCCAGGCUGGUGCCGACUCCGCCGCCAUCAUGCUGCAGCAGAUCUUGAAGGACAUGUUCAUCGACCCCGACGUGCUGGAUGCGCUCAACGAGGACCAGAAAAAGACCCUGUUCGUGAAAAUGCGGCAGGAGCAGGUACGCCGCUGGACAGAGCGGGAGGAGAAGCUGGAGAGGGAAGCGGUGGACGGCGAGUGCAAACGAACAACGCCAAAAAAAGCCAACAGCAAGAAUGUGAGCUGGCUGCUGGGUCGGGAUGGCGAUGUGGCGGUCGUCGUGAUCGGGGAGCUCGAUGAGCUCAACUCCAAAUUCAUCCACUCGGGAUUUGGAGAAAAGAAGGCCCAGAGUCUUCAGAACAACGCAUGCGAUCAAACAAUCUUGAAGAGCAGAACCACAGAACCUGUCAAAGCUGAAAGAGAAAACACACAGCCGGGAAUUUCACUAAAUCUGAAGGGGAAGCGCGAGGAGACGAGCCCCGCACUCCCUCUGCCGGUGUCAGUGAGUGAACAUUCGUCACCUACGGCAGCUGAAAAGCCCGAGUCCAAGUCGGCAAGCGCGGCCGAGGACGAGUCGGCUUCCUGGCGCCCCAUCUCCGCCCGGCUUCUCCGUACGCCCAACGCUGUGGACGCCAAACCGCCGCCGUCUGCGAACCCAGCGCCCGCUUCCGUCAACCCGAGACUCUGCCUCGCCAAUCUGAGGACGGCCACCGCCGCGCCGACCCCUUCCCCCCGCGGCACCGCCAAGACGGACUCCGCGGCGGCCGCGGGCGGCCCGCACUCCCAGGGGCCUCAGAAGACGCCGGCACACCACAGCGGGAAAGAUGUCGCCGCAUCAGAAGCGCCUCGGAGGGCCGUCCCGGCGGGGGCCGGGUCGUCGUCGUCGUCUUCGUCUUCGGGGGGGGGCGCGCCGACCUGCGCGGGGCGCGGCCGGGUGGCCCAGCUGAUGAAGGCCUUCAGCACCGAGAGCGCCGCCGCACAGACGCAGCCGGCGGCGGCGCCUCGCGGCGUCAAGCCCCCCCUGCCCAACAAGCCCCCCCUGCCCAACAAGCCGGGCCACCUGCGUCUAAAGACCACUCCCACUGUCAGGUAAUCACGCACGGCGGCGAAUCAGACGAGGCCUCGCUGAACAAUGGCGGUCGCCUGAGGGCGGAGCCUCGGCCGGUGGGGGGGGACGCGGAGGGGAGAGAGCGGUUCACUCCCAAAGGACAGCAAUGGGGAUGCUUGAAUGUAUUGUUUUUCUUGCUGUAUUCUGUCUUUUUUUUUUUUUUUUUUUUUUUUUUUUUUUGGAAGCUUCAGUACUGUAAACACUUUUUGCGGGAUUUCAAAGCAAUUGAUCAAAACGUGUGUGUAUUGUUAUUUCCAGGUAAUUGAUGUCUGUUGCGUCACUUGAUUUUUAAAAAAAAAUGUAUGCUUUCCACUCUGCGUAACAUGCGGGAAGAAGACACCUUUUUAAAAAAUAUUUGUUUUUAUGUCUAUGCGUGCACACACGUACCAUAUUGUUUACUUACCAAUUACAUUAUUCUUAUCGCUUCCAAGACCGUUUGCAUGCGCUCAUAUGCAGACACACGUGUGUGUGUGUGUGUGUGUGUGUGUAUGUGGUUCCAGGACAAAAGACUGGGCAUGGGCCGGCAUACUGGGGUAGAUUAAGGCACAGUGGGGUGCUCCUUCUUCUUACUCUCUCCUCCUUGGGAAUACUUUAGGUUUGUUUAUUUGUCACAAUGCAAUGUAUGUCUCACUCUGCCACCUGGCAGGAGCCUCGCUGCGACCUGUUGUGGGCCAGUGGCCGUGCCAAAUGCAUCGUCUGUCACUCCCAGCGGAUCAAGUCAGACAGCCGCCGCCAAAUAAGCCGGCGCCGCGUUGCUCGUCCUGCAAUAUGUCCUGUACUAUUUUAAAGAUGCUUGGUUGUACUUUUUUAUUAUUUUAAAAUAUAUAUUUUCUACAGGGGGGGAAAAAGACGUUUUGUUAUGGAAUUUUUAACAUUACUGCGAUGUUCACUUGUAAAAUGACACAUUUGUUGUCAAGCUUUUAUGGUCCAAUCAAAGAAAUAAUAAAAUUCUGUAACUUGUA